CGCAGAACACCUUCCUGGAGAACAUCGUCCGGCGCUCCAGCGAAUCCAGUUUUUUGUUGGGAAACGCCCAGAUUGUGGACUGGCCCGUAGUUUAUAGUAAUGACGGAUUUUGUAAACUCUCUGGGUACCACCGAGCUGACGUCAUGCAGAAGAGUAGCACUUGCAGUUUUAUGUAUGGUGAACUGACAGACAAGAAGACCAUUGAAAAAGUCAGACAGACUUUUGACAACUAUGAGUCAAACUGCUUCGAAAUUCUCCUCUACAAGAAGAACAGGACCCCAGUUUGGUUCUACAUGCAAAUUGCACCUAUAAGAAAUGAGCACGAAAAAGUGGUUUUGUUCUUGUGUACCUUUAAGGAUAUCACUUUGUUCAAACAACCAAUUGAAGAUGAUUCAACAAAAGGCUGGACCAAGUUUGCCCGGCUGACGCGGGCGCUGACCAACAGCCGGAGCGUCCUGCAGCAGCUGACGCCCAUGAACAAGGCUGAGGUGGUGCACAAACACUCCCGCUUGGCCGAGGUUCUCCAGCUGGGAUCUGAUAUUCUUCCUCAGUACAAACAAGAAGCUCCAAAGACUCCACCACACAUUAUACUCCACUAUUGUGCUUUCAAGACCACCUGGGACUGGGUCAUCUUAAUUCUAACCUUCUACACAGCAAUCAUGGUUCCAUAUAACGUGUCCUUCAAGACAAAGCAGAACAACAUUGCCUGGCUCGUGCUGGACAGCGUUGUGGACGUUAUUUUUCUGGUUGACAUUGUUUUGAACUUUCACACGACCUUUGUUGGCCCCGGGGGAGAGGUUAUAUCUGAUCCCAAGCUCAUACGGAUGAACUACCUGAAGACGUGGUUUGUGAUUGAUCUUCUGUCCUGUUUACCAUAUGACAUCAUCAAUGCCUUCGAGAAUGUGGAUGAGGGAAUCAGUAGCCUCUUCAGCUCCUUAAAAGUGGUGCGCCUUCUACGGCUGGGCCGGGUGGCCAGGAAGCUGGACCAUUACCUGGAAUACGGUGCUGCUGUGCUGGUGCUGUUGGUGUGUGUGUUUGGGCUGGUGGCCCACUGGCUGGCCUGCAUCUGGUACAGCAUUGGGGACUACGAGGUCAUAGAUGAGCUGACCAACACCAUCAAGACAGACAGCUGGCUCUACCAGCUGGCCCUGAGCAUCGGAACCCCAUAUCGCUACAACACCACGGGCUCGGGGCAGUGGGAAGGAGGGCCCAGCAAAGACUCCUUGUACAUAUCCUCUCUCUACUUUACCAUGACAAGCCUUACAACCAUAGGAUUUGGGAACAUAGCACCGACCACUGACGGGGAGAAGAUUUUUUCGGUGGCCAUGAUGAUGGUUGGCUCUCUUCUUUAUGCAACUAUUUUUGGAAACGUCACCACCAUUUUCCAGCAAAUGUAUGCCAACACCAACCGGUACCACGAGAUGCUGAACAACGUGAGGGAUUUCCUAAAAUUAUAUCAAGUCCCAAAAGGCCUUAGUGAAAGAGUCAUGGAUUACAUUGUCUCAACCUGGUCCAUGUCUAAAGGAAUUGACACUGAAAAGGUCCUCUCCAUCUGCCCAAAGGACAUGAGAGCAGACAUCUGUGUGCACCUGAACCGGAAAGUUUUCAACGAGCACCCUGCCUUCCGGCUGGCCAGCGACGGCUGCCUGCGAGCCCUGGCCGUGGAGUUCCAGACCAUCCAUUGUGCCCCAGGGGACCUCAUCUACCACGCUGGGGAAAGCGUGGAUGCUCUCUGCUUUGUGGUCUCAGGAUCCUUGGAAGUCAUCCAGGACGACGAGGUGGUGGCAAUUUUAGGUAAAGGUGACGUGUUUGGUGAUAUCUUCUGGAAGGAAACCAGCCUGGCCCACGCCUGUGCCAACGUUCGGGCUCUGACCUACUGCGAUUUGCAUAUAAUUAAGCGAGAAGCCUUGCUCAAGGUGCUGGACUUUUACACUGCUUUUGCAAACUCCUUCUCCAGGAACCUCACUCUCACCUGCAAUCUGAGGAAGAGGAUCAUCUUUAGGAAGAUCAGCGAUGUCAAGAAGGAGGAAGAGGAGCGCCUGCGCCAGAAGAACGAGGUGACGCUGAGCAUCCCUGUGGACCACCCUGUGCGGAAACUCUUCCAGAAAUUCAAGCAGCAGAAGGAGAUGCGCAAUCAAGGCUCCACCCACAUCGAUCCGGAGCGGAACCAGCUGCAGGUGGAAAGCAGGAGCGUGCAGAACGGGGCCUCCAUCACGGGCACCAGCGUGGUCACCGUGUCCCAGAUCACGCCCAUCCAGACCACCCUGGCGUACAUGAAGACCAGCGAGGCCGUGAAGCAGAACAACCGCGACGCGAUGGAGCUGAAGCCAAACGGAAACGGAGACCAGAAAUGUCUCAAAGUGAACAGCCCCAUGAGGAUGAAAAACGGGAACGGGAAAGGCUGGCUUCGGCUGAAGAACACGAUGGGGGCCCACGAGGAGAAGAAGGAGGACUGGAACAACGUCACCAAGGCUGAGUCCAUGGGGUUGCUGUCCGACGACCCCAAGUCCAAUGACUCGGAGAACGGUGUAAAUAAAAACCCACUGAGGAAAACAGAUUCUUGUGACAGUGGAAUAACAAAAAGUGACCUUCGCUUGGAUAAAGCUGGUGAGACUCGCAGCCCCCUGGAGCACAGCCCCAUCCAGGCGGAUGCUAGGUGUCCUUUCUACCCCAUUCCUGAGCAGGCCUUACAAACCACGCUGCAGGAAGUCAAGCACGAACUCAAAGAAGAUAUCCAGCUGCUAAGCAGCAGGAUGGCUGCCCUUGAGAAGCAGGUGGCAGAAAUUUUAAAAAUAUUGUCUGAAAAGAACGUAUCCCAGCUCUCUUCCCCCAAGUCUCAUUUAUCACCCCAGUCCCCUCCCCAGAUAUCCUGUCAGGAUAUUUUUAGUGUUUCAAGGCCUGCAUCACCUGAAUCUGAAAAAGAUGAAAUCCACUUUUAGCCUAUACCUAUGUGUAUAUAUGUAUACAGUAUAUAUGCAGAGUUGUAUAUAUACCUUUAUACAUAUAUAUAUAUAUGUGUGUGUAUACGGUAAAUAUAUAUACAUAUAUAUUUUCACUUGCAUCCAAUAUGACUUGAACACACCAAGGAUUUUGAUAUGUAAAUAUUGCAUGUCCAGCUGGAUUCUGGCCUGCCAAAGAAAGCAAUUAUUAACAUAGAUAUUGCUUGUAUAAUAUGCAGUUGACUGCAUGCACACUUUACAUUUAUUUAUAAUCUCUAUUAUGUAAUAAAAGAAUGACUUUUGUUUAACAAAGGCAAUGUACUAUUUAAAGAAUCAGGGUCUUACCUGCCAAUAUUGCCAUGACAGUUUUGAUCUCAGGCUGGGUGAAUUGAGCUUUUAUUUCCUCACUGUCUUUUCUGCCGAGUUAAACAGUAGAUUAAUACGACGUGAAGGACACGUUCAGACUCCUGUUAGUAUUGUUUCCUGGUAUCAUUCCAUGACAAUAUACUGUAUAUUUGGUGAUGAAUUCCCCUACUCAUCCUAAAGGGAGGGCUCAGCUCAGUGGGCAGGGAAGGGCACCGUGCCUGGUGCUAGGGUGGAUCACUGGAAUUUAUUUGUGUGGGUAUUGUGCAUGCACAGCCUUUUAUUUCAAGUAUCCUCCUGCUCUUUUAACAUCAUAAGUAAGAAAUAAUAAUAAUAAUAAUAUUACUAAGAAUAAUAAUAAUGGUGAUUUAUGUAACAACAUGAAACUAACAGAAACUCUCUCAGUUGCACUCCCUGAGUGUUUGGGGCUAACUUCUUUCUUGAAAGCCUCCUUUUACUGAUGCCAUUUUUACUGAACUGUUAGAGUAACAUUAUGUAGAUUCUCUUUGCAGCACUCAGUGGUGGUGUCCAGUUCUGUCAGUAUCUUCAUUAGCAUGUCUCAUUUUUGUGGGGUUGAGGUUGCUCUCUCACUGUCCCCUUUACUGCCCCUGGCAGAAAGACUUUGCACGAGGUCUGAGCAAGGGAGAGAACACUCAUAGUUCAGCUUCUUGGGAGCCACGUGAGCAGGUUCGAAAGCCUGAAGUUAAAAGGCUGUGGUUAAUCCCCCUCCACUCUCUUUCUUGAGGACAUUUAUCAGUUUGCCUUUAGAAAGAGAGAAAGUAUAUGGUCAGGAUGUAAUUCUCUUUAGUCCAAGGUGCUUGGAUGAUAAGGUGUGUGUGGAGAGUGGUGGGUGUUCUGGGGGGAUGGAGCCCUGCCUGGAGUGCCUUGGGCUCGUGGAAGGUGUCAGUGUGUGGAGGGGGCACGUUUCAAGAGCAGGCUUGGAGUGCCCACACAGCCAGGUCCCACAUGUACUGAGUGCCUCAGGUCUGUGCCAGAGGCUCUGCCCCUCCUCUUACCUGGCUCCUGUCGGCAUCUCCCAGCCUUGGGCCAUGCUCAGACCCCCUCUCACCUCCUGGCUGGAGCUGCUGGCUUUGCAGGGCUGCAGCAGGGCAGGCUUUGCUGAUCUGUUUGGAGCUGGGAUUUUGGACUCUGCCUGGGUCUGCCCCUGAGUGUGGUGGGCGUUUUUGCCUCUCACUUUGCUCUGGUUUGAAACCAGGUACACAAGAUGCAUAGCAGAAAUUGCCAUUGCAGCUUCAGAGAUGUUAACUGGUGUGGCUUGAGGCCAGCCCAGCAGGACACAGAGGCUCCUUCAGGGCAGGAUUCCCCCUACCUAAAGCUUAAAUGACCUCUUCUAUCAAGAUCCUGUGCUUUCAAAAGUGCCUGGAGUAAAAGAUGUAUGUACCAUAAGGCAUUGCUGUCAAUCAGGUAUAUCAAAUACAUGGUUAUAAUCAGUGAGCAUUCUGUACACACACCAGUAUUAGAUCCAAUUUGUAACAUUAGAAAACCAGACUGAACUAAAUCACUUCCUGAAAAACUAACAAAAUCCCUAAAGCCCAAACACACCAUCAUUUGCAGUAGUGACAAUUAGGAAUCUACAUCUUAGGGUAAACAUAUCUUCAACUCUGAAAUCCAAGCCCAUAAAGCUCCAAAAGCUCAUAAGGAAGCCAAAGAAGUCAUUGCUUCUGUUGUGUCAGCUCAUGGAGGCUUUUUGGGCGAUGAGUUUUUUCUGUCCUGUUUCUGCCCCUUUAGGAAAUUAGAGAUACUUUUAAAAAAAUAAAUAAAUAAAAGGGAAGAACCAAAAGUCACAGUAAGAGCUCUUCCCAAAGUCUAGUGAUCAAGCCACCCUCUCACUUUAGUUCUCUGCAGCUGCUCUGUCAGAAUUUUCAGCUGUAUUUUGCUGCUGGUGUUCUGACACAAGUGCAAAUCCAUGACUCUUGCAGCCAUGGUUUGGACUGGAAGAGCAACCUGCACCUUCAGAGCAACAGGACCUCCCCUUCCUGUGGUAAAUCCCACCUUGGGACUCUGGAAGAAUGCUGGGGGGUUAUGGGGUUAGGGACUUGCAGGGUUGCUGCAGGAGUCUGCACAGACCUUGUGGGUACAGUUCAAGUGCCAAGAUUUCAAGUGUUGAAUGUUCUUGCCUGACUUGGUCUGGUUAAGACAGACACAUGGCCACUGCCCAGGGCUGCCUGGUGAAUAGCUGAGUCACACAGGCUCAGUCUGGGGGCCAGACUUUGUUAAAAUUCCUGGAAUUCAGGAAUUCAUGAACCUGCCAUGAAGUGAUGCUGCAAAAGAGACAGCAGGAUAAGGGGGGGUUGGCUUUGUUAGAAAGCUUUAGCCUUAAUGGCAUUGCUCUGCCUUUGUGACAGGCUGCUUUUCUUUCUCUAUAACUGAUAUUAAUUCUAGCUAGAACUGCAUGGCAUGCAAAGGGAUCUCUGUUUAGGUUUAUCUUGCAAGUCAGGUGUAACUUUGUGCCACUUUACAAUGAGAGAAUGUGUUAACAGGAUUAGCUUGACCUUGAAAAUCAUUUGGGCGGGCCCAGAAUGUCUAUUACAGUUCAAGUGCAGCUUGAGUGGUUCAAAUGUGUAGUGGCUAAAUAGUGUAAAAUACCAAGUUCAUGAAAUAAAUACAGUCUCUCGGGGUC